GAUCCAAUAGCAAAGCAAGCAGAAAUAAAGAAGAAAGAGAAAAGAAAAGGAAGGCGGUUUGAAGUUUGUGGUGAUUGGAUUGAAGCUGGUGAUGGAUGGAUUCGUUUUUAUAAUCCCUCCACCACGUGCAUGCUUCGACUCUGCUCCUUAAUAAAUAACUUCCACUGGAUCCAAAUCCCACACACUCUCUCCUGAGUCUCCUUGUACACACGCAGAGAUACAUGUUACAUAUUCUUUCAGUUUUCAUGCAAAGAACCGAGGGAGUUGCAUAUAUAUUAUACAUAUAUAUAUAUAUAUUUGCACUGGCCACUGUGAAUCAUCGAGAUCGUAUUUGCUUUGAUAUAACUAGUACUACUUGUUGAAGCGCGCAGCAGAGAAAGAAAUACUCCGUGAAGAUGGAAAAAUACGAGAUGGUCAAGGAUUUGGGAGUUGGGAAUUUCGGUGUGGCAAGACUGCUGAGGCACAAGGAGACCAAGGAGCUCGUCGCCAUGAAAUACAUCGAGCGUGGCCACAAGAUUGAUGAGAAUGUGGCGAGAGAGAUUUUCAACCACAGAUCGCUUCGGCACCCAAACAUCAUUCGUUUCAAGGAGGUGGUUUUGACACCCACCCAUUUGUUGAUUGUGAUGGAAUAUGCAGCGGGCGGAGAGCUCUUCGAACGAAUCUGCAAUGCCGGUAGAUUCAGUGAAGACGAGGCCAGAUUUUUCUUUCAGCAGCUGAUCUCUGGUGUCAAUUAUUGCCAUUUCAUGCAAAUAUGCCAUAGGGAUUUGAAGCUGGAAAACACGCUUUUAGAUGGAAGCCCUGCCCCACGGCUGAAAAUAUGUGAUUUUGGUUACUCUAAGUCAUCCCUGCUGCAUUCAAGACCCAAAUCCACAGUUGGAACUCCGGCGUAUAUUGCGCCAGAGGUUCUUUCCAGGCGAGAGUAUGAUGGCAAGUUGGCAGAUGUGUGGUCAUGUGGAGUAACUCUCUAUGUCAUGUUGGUGGGUGCGUACCCUUUUGAAGACCAAGAUGACCCCAAGAAUUUUAGGAAAACAAUUCAAAAAAUAAUGUCUGUUCAGUACAAGAUCCCUGACUAUGUACACAUAUCUCAAGAUUGCAGACACCUACUCUCCCGCAUAUUUGUUGCACAUCCAUCCAGGAGAAUUACAAUCAAAGAUAUCAAGAACCAUCCGUGGUUUGUAAAGAACAUGCCAAGGGAGCUAACGGAGUCUGCUCAAGCUAUUUAUUACCAGAGAGACAAUCCAAGCUUUUCUCUUCAAAGCGAGGAUGAGAUAAUGAAAAUUGUAGGGGAGGCGAGAAACCCACCUCCAGCAUCUAAGCCUAUCUGGGGCUUCAGCUGGGGAGCAGAAGAUGAGGAAGACAUCGGAAACAUAGAUGCAGAGGUGGAAGAAGAAGAGGAUGAAGAAGACGAGUAUGACAAGAGGGUCAAAGAAAUUCAUGCAAGUGGAGAAUUUCGAAUCAGUUAAGCUGUAUCUAUCAUCCUUAUCUAAUAAUCGGAUAAUUAAAGUGUUUAAUGUUGUGACAUUAGGAUUUACCAAUUUGUGUGCAUAAUGUUUAAUAAUUUGAUGCACAAUCUCAAAAAAUAGUCGAUUCUGAAGUAGUACAUCACAUGUUCAAACUUGUAUGGCGCUUUGCAUGUAAUCUACUGUUUGUACUAUGGAUGCCAAAUGGGUGAGAAAGAUGGUUGUCUUGUUAUGCAAA